AUGACCGGCCUCGGCGACCAGCUGACCAAGGCCCUCGCAAACAAGGACGUCGUGGCAUCCUGGUCAGAGGAGGAGAAGACUGUGGCGGAGAUCCUCAAGCUCGACUUUACAAAGUCGGCUGUCAACCUGCCGCAGAGGGAGCGCGACAGGUCCGCUUGCCGUCCAUGA